UUGAGUAAUCGUAAAUCUUCAGAGUUCUUCAUUGUUUCCCACAUGGAGGUUGCUACAAGAGGUCAAAUCACCAUCCCGGAAACUGCUGAACCCCCUCGGUUAUGUGUCUUGUCCGACUUCGAUAUAGGUCGGCAACUGGGCCGUGGAAAGUUUGGGACAGUUUUCCUAGCCAAAACUCGUGAAACCGGUUUUCUCUGCGCUAUCAAGGUGAUCUUUAAAAAACAGAUUGUCAAGAACGGGCUAGAGCAUCAAAUUCGAAGGGAAGUUGAAAUAAUGAGUCACCUUCAGCAUCCGAAUAUUCUUCAAAUGUAUACGUAUUUUCAUGACCACAAGCGUAUAUACUUGGUGCUAGAGCUUGCCUACUAUGGUCAAAUGUACAGCGAUUUAAGACGACUCGGUCGAUUUAAUGACUGGCGCGCUGCAACAUAUGUUUAUCAACUGUGUGAUGCCCUAAUCUACUGUCACCGCAUGAAAGUGAUACACCGUGAUAUCAAACCGGAAAAUCUUCUGAUUGGUUUCAACCAUGAGCUCAAGCUCUCAGAUUUCGGGUGGUCAGUACACGCACCCUCCUUGAGGCGCCGCACCAUUUGUGGUACGUUGGACUACUUGGCUCCGGAGAUGGUUACCGGAAAGGGGCAUGAUGAGCGAGUGGACCACUGGACCGUUGGAAUUCUCUGUUACGAAAUGCUCUGCGGGCACCCACCUUUCGAGCACCAGGAGACAAAUGAUACAUAUUCGUGUAUCAAGGCUGUGAAGUAUACAUUCCCGUCCAUCAUCUGCUCCCUUGCUCAGGACCUGAUUUCAAAGGUCCGGGAGAUAGAGAAGGCCUUCACUGCAACCAGCAGCAGCACCCUGUUUCAAAUGAUCCGUCAUCGUCUUGAGCGAUGGGCUGAGCACUUUCAAGAACAGUUAACCUGGCUUUCUUCAGCACAACCGCUGGAAGAACCGAGCGGGACCGAAUGGAGCAUUGACACCGACCUACCGUCAGCAACCGAAGUACAGCGUGAGAUUUCAAUCCUGAAGGGCGACAGGGCACCUGGCUCGGAUGAUCUACACCCCGUGCUCUUCAAAGGUGGCGAGGUCCUGUUGAACGGUCUGACAACCAUACUGUAG